UUACAUAUAGAACCACGUUAAUAAGUGUGAUGAUAGUGUGUCUUCUGCCAUGUUCACACAGGCAGAUGUCAAACAUCCCCAUAGUACCAGUGGAAUCUUUAUCCGACCUGCUGCGUGAUUCCAACUUCACGCCAAGACCAUGACACUGCGUACUCUAACAUACGGGGUCAAGUGACGUGAAUAUGGCGGGAGAGAAAAGUGAAACCUGUGAUUCGCCUUCCUCGAUAUUGCAGAUUGCUCCUGUAACACCCCUUCUUUGCACAGACGAGAAGUCGUCGGAUCACGAGUUAUCCCCCAUGACAGACACUGUUCCUCCUCCAGAUGGCGGAUGGGGGUGGAUGGUUGUUUUGGGCAGUUUUUUGGCUCAUCUUAUCAUAGGAGGAUUUAUGCGAUCUGGAGGCGUAAUAUUCAUUGAACUUCAGCACAAAUUUCACCAGUCAGCCUCAGAUACAGCAUGGGCGGUAUCCCUUCACACAAGUCUCCGUCUUCUAUUCGGUCCACUUGCCAGCAUGUUGUGUAACCGGUUUUCCUGUCGGACUGUGACCAUCAUGGGAAGUCUUAUGUCAGCGGUCUCUGUCCUCAUCAGUGGAUUUGUUAAUAAUCUGUUCAUUCUUUAUCUAACUAAUGGUCUACUGCUCGGUAUAGGCCAGGCUCUUAUUUAUACCACAUCUGUUGCCAUAGUUGGACUUUAUUUCCACGCGCGGAGGGGCACGGCUGUUGGUAUUGCUAACGCCGGGGUUGGGGCUGGAACCUUUUUAUUUCCACCCCUCCUUGAGAUAAUGUUUGGACAGUACGGGUUUAUGGGUACCUUCCUCAUCAUGGCUGGUCUGUUUCUCAAUGGUGUGGUGUGCGGCGCCCUCUACCGGCCUCUCCAUGUUGAAGAUGACGAGCUUGUAGUUGAGUACAGUAAACAGCAACAUGGUGGUCACAAUGUAACGGACAGUGGAAGUGUCGUCUUGGUUCACUUUUCGCGAGAGGAUCUGCGUGCACUGUCGCACUCCAGUUUGUGCUAUGAUAUAAACAUACUUGGAAGCCUUCAACACCUUAACAAACCCGCCAAAGUUAAUGUUAUACCUGUUCCCGCCAGGCCACUGGGCUCAUCCUAUGAUGCCAUGUCACAUCACGGUAGGGUUAGAGCAGAUAGCGAUUCCUGCAGUCCGCGAGCAAAGCCUUUGUUAGGGUCUGAUUUUGAUAUGACAAAAGAGCGGAUAAGAUCCGGAAGUGAUAUGACACCAAUUAAAAAGCAAGCAUUCAUUAACAGCAUGAACGCCAAAUCGGCCAUGUUGCAGGUCACAGACGUUAAACGAUGUGAAAGUGACACUUUAUCAAAAACGGAAACAGAUGACGAAUCGGAAGAAGAUAAGAAAGAGAAGAAAAUGCUCGAUUUGUCUCCUCUAAAGAACAUCCGGUUUGCUACCCUGGGAGUAGGGAUAGGCCUCCUAACAUUGUCAUUCCAGUCUUCCUUUGUGUUCUUGCCCCCGCUGGUGCUACAAAGGGGACUCUCAGAGAGUCAGGGAGCUUUUCUAGUCUCUAUUACGGGUGCCAUGGAAACAUUUGGCAGCGUGACGUCUGGAUUUUUGGUUGACCUUGACAUUGUCCGACCACAUCGUCUCACCAUCUAUAACGCUGCCAUGGUGCUACUUGGCGUAUUGACUUUGGUGAUGCCCUUCUUAGAUUUUUUCAUCUUGCUAGCGUUUGUGUGCGGGGUGUAUGGAUGUGUAUUAGGUAUGUGUCUAGCACAAAAAGCAACACUCGUGGUGGACAUUACUGGGGUAGACAAUCUUGUGAGUUCAUUCGGAAUCCUCGUCUGUUUUCAGGGUAUCGGAACACUAAUUGGACCGCCUUUAGCAGGUGCCAUUAAAGACAUAACGGGGAGGUACCAGGAUGGUUUCCUAGUAGGAGGUGUUAUCCUUGUAUGUGCUGGGUUGAUUCAGGCUGGUGGUCUUCUCUAUCAUCGUCUCUCACACUCUCGGCAGGACAAAGAUAGCUAACAAAACCUGGCCAUUGCAACACACGGGAUGGAACGAAGAAAACACUGGAUGAGAUGUUACCUGAUGUCUUGGCUCUAUUAUCAUAGAGUAUACAUUAUAUUCUACAAGCCUUUUGUAUUCAGCUAUUAUUGUAUUUUGAGCUGUCACUUACGUAAUCCUUCACGACAGGCACAAGCAGCGUGCUUAUACAUUCCAUCCGUGAUCUUCAAUGAGCUCCCUUAAUAGUUGUUUGGUUACAUAAAAUUCCAGCUUCUAAAUAAGUCGUAUUCAAUUAUCCUGAUAAGACAUCGGAAUUUAGAGUUAAGGGUUUUAAAAAAAAUCUUUAAAGUUAUUAACGGUUUCAAAUUAAAACAAAAUACUUUCACAUAUCUGCUUGAAAAUCAGAACAUUUUCGAAUCUCUAUUGCUACUAACGAUAUUUAUACAGACCUGUUUGAUGAGUACUUUAUACAGGGAUAUUUUCGACGCAGUUUUACAUUCGUACAUUGUGCCUUUUUAUCAGUAAGACGAAGAUGAAACGUCAAUUAACGUUUAAAGUGAUGGAAGAAAUGUGCCAUUAUGCUUUCAGGACAAAUUUGACACUGGACGAAAGACAAUGUUUUAUCGUAGGGCGAAAAUAACACGAGGUGAAUAUACAGUACUGCAUUUAAGAUGCAAUCAACACAUUUGCGCGUGAACCGUGAAAGAAGAAGACAUUUGCUAUAAACAAAUGUUGGAAAAAUCAGAAAGAUAAUAAUCUAGGACUGAUUAAGUGUGAGUCAAACAUUUUAUAUUUCCUUACCUCGCCCAUAACAGAAUUAAUUGUCCGUCACGAAAGACGAGAAGAUAUCAAUUGCGUCCAUUUACUACAAAUAGAUACAUUGUAUAGUGUCUACCUCAUUUUGUACUGAGCAGUGUGUUUAAGUGUGUUCAAAAUAUUUAAAAAAUCAUAAAUUUUUUUGAAGUAUUAUAAUCACGUCGCCAGCAUGCCUGCCACUGCGAUCACAUGUUGUGUUGAUGAGAAUAGUUGAUAAGAGGUGGAUUUUUGUUAAACAACCGGGGAAAGAUUUUGAAUGAAUGUUUAAACAAUCAAAUAUCAAGGUUACUAAAACUCAUGAACUUAAUUCUUAAUUUUGACAAAAAAGAAGUAUAGCAGUAUUUGUUUGUUGCACGACACGGUUCAUAUAUAAGCGAUAUUAGCUGAAGGUCAGGGACAUCGUCCCUAAAACAAAAUUAUGAAAUAUAGUCGAAAUUAAUGAUGUAAUGCAAUGAAAAUGAUUUGAGCUAGAUGGAAUACUGACCUGCUUGGUUAAAGAAAAAGGUUCUUACUAUCACAACUAUUUUUGACAUGUGAGUGUGCAUUUGGACAAACCUCGGAAAAGAUCGAACGUGAUAAAUCCACUGUUAGCGUAAACAUCACUUUAGUUGGCGUGGUCAUCGAUCUAGUGGACGCAUGAAUUGGACUUAUUUGACGUAAUAGAAAUUGUUGGGGUUUUUUUUUUAGUUAUUUUUAACCUCGUUUUAUACAUUCCUUUAUAUUACAUGCACAUGGAGUAAUUAUUGAUGCUAUCGAAGUCAAACUUUAAGGGGAACUCUCGCGUCAAAAACGUGAGAAAUAUUUUUCGUAUUCUAUGCAAUAUACAUGUGUUAUAACACGAUAUGGGAGAUAUUAAUAUUUCAUGUUAAGAUGAGGUAUAUCACACUGUUUUCGGGAAUUCAUUUACUCAUUUGAUCUAUCGCGAUUAAGUUUGUGUCUGUCAUGGUAUGAGAAGUCAAUGGUAUUUGUUGUAAUAUAUCCAAAUCAUGACCAGCCAAUCAGAACAGGAAAAGCUGUCAGCGUGGUAACUAAUCACUGACAUUGAUAAUUCCAACGUUGUUAUACAACACAGUGAGAACAUUGAGUUUUAUGCAUCAGUGAAAAUAAUUGCCGAUGUUGAAUUUGUAUUUCAGUCUAAUCAUGGCGGACAUUUAAUUAUAUCGAAAUGUCAAUGCCAGAAUAUAUUUUCAAAAUUAUUGCAUACUUAAAAGGUGCCAAUACUUGUUUCAUGUCUUUCGGGUCACGAUAUCUGUAUAUGAUUCUUCCGUUAGUACGAAACCGCUCUAUUUUCAAAUAGAUAUUUCAGUAGAGCGGUUUAGCAUUGGUUGAUAGGCAAUAACAUAUGUUUGUAGCUAAUAUGAAUUAAACCCCAAGGGUUCGCUGAAGGCAGUUUUCUUUAGAACUUAGAUUGUAGGUGAGACUUGAUCGACAAGGGCCGCACAUAGGACUUUCGCACUCAAUGAUUUGUAAAAGGUGUGUUCGUUGUAAACCAUCGUCGGUAGCUAGUAGAUGUUCUAUUAUUAUCGUUAUUGUUAAGUUUAUAUACAAAAUGUGUGAUUAAUGAAUUUUUGAUUUAUUGCUGGUAACAAUCUUGUAUCCCAUCCUAUAAAGUUUACAGGUCAAAGUUGAUCCGAUAUUCAAGGGUUUAUUCCAAAUAUAACAUUUUCCGUACAGGAUGUUGACAGCUGACAGAUAUAAUUUCUGGUUGUAGCAAUGAUCUUCUUCCGAAUAUUAGACUUCUUUGUGCGACAUGAAGUUGGACGUGUUUGAUGCUCGUUGAUAUGCUUGGUGCCCAAAUAACUAAUUUUGAAUUAUCUAGUUGCGGCUGUCAUAGAUAAAGCCCCUUCGCAGCUCAUAUUCUUAUUCUCCUGGAAACUUUUCCUUGAUUUCCACGUAAACCUUUCUUUAGUUCAUAUUUUACCCUCGUGCCAUCGAAACUGAUUUUGAAAUAAGAUUCAGUCGAUAUUUUAGUGUUGUCGUUGUUGCUUUUAAACUACUGUCCGAAAUAUCAUUGGUAUUUUUUUCAUUUUUCUAAACAAUAUGCAUUUACAUGUUUCCUUGAAGUCCUGACAUUUUUGUUGUUGUCGUCGUUGUUUAGAUAUUAUUCAUUUCACUUUUUUUCCGUUUAAGUGCUGUCAUUAUUUCAUAGCAUCCUUAUGAGUCAUUGUUCGUUUGAGGUUUAUUGGUACAAACUGACAAAAACAAAAGAUUAGUCGUAAUAAAGAGUUUUUUUUUCCAGACGACACCGGCAAUAUACUUUCAUUUUUAGUCGUGUUGUAAACAAUACAUUUUUUCUACAAAGAAAAGUUCCUAUUUUGAUACUGCCGAUCUGUUAAGACUCUGAUUUAUGUGAUGAUAGCAUAUGCGAGGUUUUUUUGGUACAUGUAUGUUUAUAUUGUAUUGUUAUUCGGAUGUUAACCAGGUGCCGUUAAAAUGCUAUUUAUAUGUUUAUAUAUCUUAUAAAGGAGCGAUAAUUGACGCAAGAUGACGAAUAAAAUAAUAGAUAAAUA